AGCAGCCAGGGAGAAAGGCCGGAUUCCAAAACAAGUUGUGUGAUCCUCGAGCAUUACGCUGAGCGGUGAAACGCCCAUUCGGCGGCUCUCACAUUGCGGAAGCAAUAGUGGCAGGAUUUCCCGCACUUCGUAGCUUUGGUCCUCCGUACCUAGGUUGCCACCACUCGCAAGCUGAUGGGCUCACAUUCGGAACGAAAUUGAAUGAUCAGCGCCCCUCGCCAGCAGCGAAGCCGCUAUGUAGCCCAGCACGAUUUCCCCGCGCGCGGUCGAUCUCAUUUCAACGGCCAGCGAGUACGAGAGUGACGACGAAAAUCGAUGAACAGCCAACCACAGUAUCUGGGGAAUCGGGCUGCAUCGAUCGAUCGAACGAGAGUAUUUCCGCGGCAGAGAUGGCCUGGUACUGUCCGCCAAAAGAAAAAAAUAUCACCGCGUUUGCAGCCGACAGGGAUCCAAAAGUUGGCGACAAGAGUUCACAUGGAUUUUGCUUCUCGUGGGUCACGAUUGAGCAGGAAAUCUAUCAGAUGUAGAGGUUUACAAACAACGAUGAUGAUGGCGAUGACGAUGACGAAAGAUUUCGACGACACCGAGGAAGAGUUGAGAUCUGGAGGGCGCGAGAGCAUGUUGAGGAGCAGGGGAAUUGUGACAUUCAGCCGAUUGACAGUUCGAGUCGUGAACACCGUCCAGACAAAUUCACAAGGUGAGGAGUUCCAGUACUCUGGAUCUGCGGGACGGUACUCCGUUCACCGCAAUCGAAUCUGUCCUGUGAUUUAAAGCAGGAUCGGGAUGACUGCAUGUGAUGUGCAAGUGGACUGCGUUUUCAGAAACGAGGGAAAAAUACAAUGAUCGAGCUCUUCAGCAUACCUUCAUCAGAUAGCUGUUUACCAAGAUAGGUAUGCGUAAGAGAUACA